AUGUAUCAGGGAUCUUGCUUCUCUUCGCUCGGCGGCGGUAACAAGGACAAGUCUCUGAACCGCACAGAAACUAGCCGUGGUAAUGAGCUUCAUCGCACGACCUCUUCAUACCAAGGCUCGGUGGCCGAUGGUAUGCGCUACUCGGACAACCACAGGGCGCAGGACCGUGAACAUCUGACCGCCUCCCAAGCGUACAAGUCAAAGACGCUAGAGGAGCGGAUCAAGCAAGCCGAGCGUGAGAACCGCUCUCGCAUGUAA